AUUUCAAUGUCAGAAGGAACUUGAGGCCCUCCAUUAUUUUUGCAUGUGAUGAACUGAGCUGUGGUCGACACUACCGGAGCAGUGGGACGUGAUAUCUCAGCAGCCCAGUAUUUGAGUGUUUCACCUCUCUAGAUUAUAUUUCCAACUGUCGAUUUCUCUCUGGAUGCCUGCAAAUGCCAAUGAAAUCCUUGAUUUCUUCGCUCGGACUGUGCGCAACUUCUGUUACUGGAUAAACGCACCCAAACAGUGAUAUAUACAGAGGUGUCCAGAUUUACUAUGCAUACAUAUGAGAUAGCGUGCACACACUCAAUCUGGAACCCAGUCAAAUAUCCAUUUCAAGCUGAUCGAUGGCAUGGACACCCUCCGAUGUGUGAAGUGCACUUCCAUAGCCAUAGGAAAGGUGAUGCUGGCUCGGGCUUUCGGUUCACCAAAGCACCUUCACUAAUGAGUGAUGCACAGGAUUAAAAUACAUGGCCAUGAUGACCAACUUAUACUUGUGGCUGCCAUGCCUUGUUCUUUUGUUUUUUGCUUUUGCUUUGCUUUGUCUGAUGUGCUAUGGGUCUGUAAAAGAUGGAGGAUAGAAUCAACAUACAGAUCACAGAUUUAAGACUUCAUUUCAUCUCCUCAAAGUUAUGUUAUUAUUGCCUCAUGUAUAUGUUCUGGAGAACCCCUUGCCACACACCCAAAUAUCAAAGGCAUAUCUAUUUGAUGUACCAAAUAAAAGUAAGAUCAUCCAUCUUGAAUAACUAGUGCAGGACCGUGGGGAUCUACAACCAUGAAUCGCGGAGCUGAAUUAAUCCUGAAAGCUACACCUUAAACAUUAUGCAACUUGGACUGUACAUAAUGCCCCUUUGGCCUUGGUGCACAUGGCAGGUUAUCCCCUUUAUUCCUUGCUCAUUCAUGAUUUGUUUCCUUCCUUUAACUCUUUAUGUGCCAGACAACUUUAUUCUUCGCUUGCUGCUGUAACCAAGCAUCGCAUCCUUCCUCCGGUUGAUGUUUAAAGUCUGUGUAUAUAUAAGUGAUGAGUUCAGGCGUUGAGACGCCUCGCCCUCUCCUGUCCUUGCCAUUUGUUUCUCCUGCCACCAAAACGUUUGACCCUGUUCUAAUUCCUUCGUCUUCUAAUAGGUAGAAGUGUCAUUUCAGUUUCAACUCUUGUUGGUGCUUUCACUCGCUUUUGUGGUUUCACAUCCAGUCUAGGGUUGAUCUUUUUUCUAGUCGUCAAUACAAAAACAAAAAACAGUUGUUGUUUCCCCCUUUCGAUUCUUGUUCUCCCACAUAUAAAAAAUAGUCUUUCUUUCUACUCAUCAACACAAAAAAAAACCAAAAAAAUAUUUGCUUGUUCCACUUUAAUCCCUUUUUCUAGUCAUUGUUACAAGAGAAAACAAAAAAAAUCUAUUCGUGGUUUCCCGUUCAUUGUUGUCCUUUCACACAUACAAAAUAUUCUUUGUUUCUAGUGAUCAAUACAAAAUAAAUAAAUUUGAUUGCAUGCUCCACUUCGCCUUUGCUCUUCCAUAUCUACACUACAAUCCCCUUUCCUAGUGAUAAACAUUGAUAAAAUAUCAAUUGUGUUUUCCCUUCACCAUUGUUUUCUCUGAUCUGCAACUACCCAUUUUAUCUAGCUCUAGUUUUCAAUUAAGAAAAAAAAUACAAAAAAAAUUCAGUGGCUUUCCAUCAUCGCUAUUGUGUUAUUCUCAUAUCCAGACUUUGUUCUCUUUUCUAUGGAUACAUACUGAAAACAUAAAACAAAAAAUGAGUGGUUUCAGCCCUUUGUUGUUUGUCCACUUUUGUCAUUGCUUGCUUUUCUAGUUACCAGCUCUAGCCAAAAUACCAAAAGAUUGUUGGCUUCUCCCAAUACUGAGAUAUUUAAAGUAAAUCUGGUUGAUCAGAUCAUUUCUUGACAUCCAUAUUACGGUGCCUAAUUCAACCACCAGGACCUUACAAGGAAACUAGCCUGCAACUUUUAAGCAGAAACGUGGACAAUUAAUAUUUAUUUGGCAGCCUUCAGUUUCAGAAUUGCUAUAUAUAUGUGUUUCUCGGUGAUCUAGGAAUCUACAUGACAUUAUAUUAUACAAAGUUAUCUCUAGUCCAGGUUUCUUAGCCGCUGAGAGGUACCAGUUCCAAUAAAAACACCAAAAAGAUAACUGACUUUUACCAAUAUUGAGAUUUUUCAAGUAAUCUAGUUGAUCAGAUCAAUCAUCUCUUGACAUACAGUGCCCCAUUCUACCAACAGGACUGCAAAAGAAUAUUAGUUUGCAGCUGUCAAGCAAAUCAAAUAGAAUUAAUUUUGCACCCUUCAUUUUAAGUCUGGCUGGAUAUUGUUUCUUGGUUAUCUAGAAGGCAAGAUCCGAGAGGUCAAUUUGUGCAAACUAGAAAGUUUGGCACACUACUGAACAUAGGUCAUGACAUCAUCUUCAUGGAAAAAAUGGCCCGAUCAUGAGCUGAAUAAAUGGCGUGAUGAUCUGAGAGAUAUAGAUUUUUGGUUUAAUGGAUACCGUAAGACGAACGCAUAUAAAGACUUGAACCGUCGACUGCCCUACGUUUAUAAUGUGUGUUGGAAUGUUGGGGUGGGGCCCAUGGCUUCAUUCACACAAGCCAUAUCAGGCAUGGCCGUGGAGGAAAUCCUCAAGUACCAAAGAGAAUUCAAACACGUGAUAAAGGUGGAUCUGAAGCCCACGCCAACUGCAGAGGAAGCCCAAGGAACAGGCUUCAUGAGCACCAAGUACCAGCUGGCCGUCGCUGCAGCAAAGGAGCUCAACCUGCUGGGCGAAGAAUACAACAGGCUCAAGGAAGAGCAUGACCAGCUAAUCUACUACACCUACGGGUCCUGUGAUGGUGGCUAUACCUAUGCACGUUUGGCGGGGCACCUGCGGUACACUAUAGUUCCUCAGAUCAUCAAACAGUUGGCAACCGAGAGAUACUUGCUAGUGGCUGAGAACCUCCAGUGGCCAAUUGAGCCUGGCAGUUUUACACGGGAUUGCGGGCUUCCUCUGCCCGAGUGGGCAAUUUCUCGAUGGCUCAUCUCUACCACUUCUCAUGAUGCCUACAACAAGAGCAAGUCAGAAGACGAAAGAGUUAUAUCCAUUGACAAAGAUGAACAGGUUGUGGUGCUUACCCUCUAUGCACUACAUCAAUCGACAGAGCACAUAUUCAACACGAUCCGACAAGAAACCAAGGAAUAUUGGCAUAGCAUAGCCCUGCAAUGCUUCUACUAUGUCAUGGCGAUCUUUGCGAAGCAUUCACAAGUGGCAGCUAUCACCUCACACGAGCUCAUCCACCAUUGGGCCGCCCAAGGCAUCUUGCCUGGAAUGAGCUUCAUAGAAGAAGAAGAAGAAGAAACCAGCAUCAUCAGCAGCAAGUGUUCAAGUAUGCAUCGACUUGGAAGGGUCAUCCUUGAAGCAUUUGAGAAAUACUCUUUGCUGCAGCUACCUUUUUCUCCGGUUGAUGAAGCUUAUGAAGCCACCAAUACCGGUGCACAAUUCUUAGCAUACCAUGGCCUCAUUGCAGAAGACAUCACAAGUGAUGAACUCUUUGAUAACAAGAAGAAAUGGAUUUCAUUCGUCGGUGACCAUGGAUGUCAUGUAAGCCGAGAAUGGUUGAGCCCAGAGGAAACAAAGGGGGCAACUUCACUUAUUCUAAGAGGUUGCUCAGAUCGAUCGCCCAUUCUUUCCAAGUUGGACCAUUUCUUGCCCAAACUUUGUUUUCUCCGUGUUCUUGAUCUCUCCUACACACCAAUAAAAGCACUCCCUUCUUCCAUUGGUUGUCUACAUAAACUUCGGAUGCUCUCACUUAGAGGCUGCCAUGAUCUGAAAACUCUUUCCAGUUCAUCCACAACAAAUGCCACAGACUCAUCAACAAAUAUUAGUUCAUCAUCACCAUUGUCCACUCUAUACAAGCUAGAAAUUCUUGAUAUGAAUGGUGUUCCUGUUUCUCAUCUGACACAAGAAGUGGCCAACGAAAAGAGCAAUUUGAUACACCUGGACAUGUCAAAUUCAGAAAUAUCUGCUUUCCCUCAUACUUUUUUCGAGGACAUGUCAAAUCUGGAGGAGCUUAUGCUGACCAGCUGCUCCAACCUUGUGGAGCUACCUCCUUCAAUGGCUUCUCUAUCCAGCCUAAAGACCCUUGAGGUCACAGGGACUCAAAUGAAAUAUUUCCCGCAAAAGAUAUUUGAAGAAAUGAACCAACUACAGUCGUUGAAGCUCAUUGACAACAAGGAAUUGAUUUCAUUCACAAGACCAAUCUCUGGUGUUCAGGGAAUCAAAUUGGAAGGGCAUCCUAGCAUUGUAUCGUUCAUGCUGAUUGGCACAACUCAUAUAAGGUGUUUGUCCUUGCAUGGAUGUAGAAAACUCGAGUCUGUUGAGAUCAAGGAUCUUAGUGAUUUGGAGGAGCUUGAUUUGUCUAGUACAGCUAUGAAGGAGCUCUCUGCCGACAUCCCUAAUCUUCCCAAGCUUAGGAGAUUAUUCCUCGUGGGUGUUCCUUCCCUGAGGCGAUUUCCUUGGCAUGAGCUGGAGAGACUCCCGGAUGUGUUUUACUUGGAUCAUUGUUCAGAAGGAAAUGGCAAUCAUUCUAAUCAAGUUACCCAAGUGUGUGUUACUAACCCUAGGUUCUUCCAUAGCUUCCGUGACACUGCUGCAGAUUUAGUUAGAGCUGGACGGUUUUUCCAAUCAUUCUAUGUUCAAGUGGCACCAUGCAUUACAAAUAGCAGACGGCAAGAAGAUGAAGAAGGUAUCCUAGAUUGCAAGUUGCAGGAGUUGCUGCAGAAUCAAUUAACAUAUGUGGAUGUAUAUAGCAGCCGCUUUGCAGAGGAAAUUAUAAUUGCAUCGGCCAUUACAGUUCCCCUUCACCGGACUGAGCGCCAUCUAGACAUCACAAGGAUGCAAGAGACACAUGAUGGUUUAUAUGGUCUUCUAAACGUCACGAAAUCAGUGUCAGUGACAUAUGACACUUCUAUCUACACAUUUAAUGACCUGAGCAGUUUCAUCGAGCUAGAAGAAUGUGAGCUUCGUUUGUGCCAUAAAAUGAAAGGAGUUGUAUCUUACACUCAAGGCUUGAAAAAACUACGCAACAUGCAUGUCUGUAAUCUCAAAAGGCUAGUUUGGUUCUGUUCAGAGUAUAGUUAUUCUGACUUCGGUAGACUAGAGCACCUGCACUUAGAGGACUGCCCAAGAUUGGAGCACGUGGUGCCACAUACAGCAACACUGCCAUGCCUCAAGACACUUGACAUCUUGUUCUGCUACAACCUUAAGACAAUUUUCAUCAGCAAUUAUACGCAAGAUGAAAGUUAUCAGCUCCCAAGCCUCCAAAGCAUACGCCUCCAAGAGGUGCCACUGCUCCAGCACUUCCAUGACAAGGACGCCACCAUGACAGCACCGAUGUGGAAGGAGCUACACAUCCGAGGGUGCGGGAGCCUCCGACGCCUCCCGCGCCUACAAGGACGCAAGCCGGGGAUGGUGAAGGUCAACGGUGAGAGGACCUGGUGGAGCAAGCUCCAGUGGGGCUCAGCCCUGCACCGCGACAGCUACGACCCCAAGCUUCCCCCGGAGUUCGCCUCCUUCGAUGAGUCUGCCAGGAUGAGCAGCUACCUCAGAUGAAUCAAUGCUCCAUCCAUCUAUCGGUUGGUGUUCCACCAUACGUCCGCCUCAGCGCCGCAUUAUAGAAUACAGUUAUCCCUUGUUACAGUUAAUGUAUAUAUCUGAACCACCCUGCUCUGCAAGAUGAUACUUACAGUCUCCAGGUGCUUCCAUUGCUCCAUCACAGUGCCGGUGUUGAAGGACCUCCACGUCUGAGAGUGUUGGAGCCUACAAUGCCUCCGGUGCCUGCCCUAUUAACAGUGUUCCACCAUACACCAGAGUACCUUCCUCAACACUACCUUAUUAAGAAUGUUCCAUCAUACAUCCAUACCAUAGUGUCCAUCCAUAACAUAGAUGCCACCCACGUGCAUACCCCUUCCUCCGUAUACACCUGCAUGCCAUCUAUAUGAGUUUAGAGGGUUUUUUUCGAAAUAAAAGUCCAAUUUCCCUCGUUAUUGUCGACUGCCACUUUGUCUCCCGUGGAAUCAGGUUUACUUUUCCUUGUUCCAACACAUUUUAUUCGAGUGUCCACUAUCCUAUGUUGGUGAUGUAUGUGUAAGGUAUGUAAUGCUGGUGUUUAGCAUGCCAUAUGUUUAAUUAUGAAGUGUGUCUCUGGACUUUAAGUGGCAUAUAUAUUUCUUUAAUUCGGACGUUGUGUUUGACUACAAGUGUGUUGUACUCCUACCAGCAUCUCUGGUUUUAUUUGUCAAGAUCCAUUUCAAUGUAUGAUUCAA